AUGAAUUUCAGUCAAUCUCCAUUGACAGACGAUUCAUACUUCUGUUUUGAGGCUGUGAAUAAGUCUUGCCCGAAGAUCAUCUAUCCGAUGGCGAUACGAGUUCUGCUGCAUGUUUUCUUUACAGUCGUUAUUGUUAUAACUUUGUGUGGAAACCUCUUUGUCAUCAUUUCCAUUGCUCACUUCAAACAGCUGCACACUCCAACCAACUACCUCAUCCUCUCUCUGGCAGUAAGUGACUUCCUUCUAGGAGGCUUCAUCAUGCCUCCUUACAUAGUACGAAUUAUUGAAACAUGCUGGUAUUUUGGCGACGUGUUCUAUCGAUAUUAUGCAGUUUGUCAGCCCCUCCACUACCGGACCAAGAUCACCACUUGUGCCACAGUGAUCAUGAUCCUGGUCAGUUGGAGUGUGUCUGCCUUUGUUGGGUUUGCUAUGAUAUUUCUGGAGCUGAACAUAUUGGGCAGUGAAGAUUUUUAUUAUGAAAAUAUUGCUUGUGUAGGGGGCUGUUUUCCCUUUUUGGCUGAAACAGCAAGUUCAAUAUCUUGCAUUCUCUCUUUUUAUAUCCCUGGGUUCAUUAUGUUGGUCAUGUAUCAAAAAAUAUUUAAUGUUGCACAGAAGCAAGCCCGGUCUAUUCACAGCAUUGCCUGUAACAAUGUGCACUCUGAAAACAGCAUACCAUCAAGCAACAAGGAGCGAAAGGCUACAAAGACCCUGGCAAUUGUUAUGGGGGUAUUCUUGUCAUGCUGUACACCCAUUUAUAUAUGUGACCUCAUUAAUCCAUACAUUAAUUAUUCCAUUCCACCUGUGUUAUUUGAAACACUUUUCUGUAUUACCUAUUUAAAUUCAACAUGUAAUCCUGUUAUUUAUGCUUUUUACUAUAGUUGGUUUAGGAAAGCAUUCAAAAUGAUUAUUUUUGGUAAAAUUUUUGAAGCUAAUUCCUCAAGAGCAAAUUUGUCCACAGAGUGA